AUGUUGCGUCUUCUCUCCCGCGCCGUCGCUGCCGGCUCAGGCAACAGCGUCGCCUCGGCGAUCGCCUCCAAGAGAGUCGGCGCCUCGCUCUCUUCUGCGCAGCUCCUCUGCACUCGAAGUCUUGUGACCUCAUCCGGCGCCCUCGCGGCUGCAGGCUCCAGCGACGUCAGCCCGCUCGCUCGCUGCCCAGAUGUCUCGAUUCCCCGUGAGGCCUUCAACCAAGCUCCCACGAUCACGACGACUCUGCCCAACGGCAUCCGCGUGGCGACGCAGCGCCUGCCUUUCCAUCAGACGGCGACUGUGGGCGUUUGGAUUGACAGCGGCAGCCGCUACGACACUAAGGAGACGAAUGGAGCUGCGCACUUCCUUGAGCACAUGACUUUCAAGGGCACGAAGAGGAGAUCCCGAAUUCAGUUGGAGCAGGAAAUCGAAAACAUGGGCGCGCAUCUGAACGCGUACACCUCCCGCGAGCAGACAGUGUACUACGCGAAGGCGUUCAAGAAGGACAUUCCGCAGUGCAUGGACGUUCUGUCUGACAUUCUGUUGAACUCCACGAUCUCCGAGGAGGCCGUCCAGAUGGAGAAGCACGUGAUUCUGCGCGAGAUGGAAGAAGUCGAAAAACAAACUGAGGAAGUCAUUUUUGAUCGCCUGCACACCACGGCCUUCCGUGACAGCCCGUUGGGCUACACGAUUCUGGGGCCUGAGGAAAACAUCCGCCGGAUGACGCGCGAGCACAUCGUGGACUACAUCCGCAGGAACUACACGAGCGACAGAAUGGUCAUUGCGGCCGCAGGUGACGUCGAUCACAAAGAGCUCGUUGCCAUGGCGGAGAAGCACUUCGCAGCCGUCCCCCAGGCGAAGCGCAGCAAGAUCCGCCUUCCCGAGGAGAAGCCCUUCUUCUGCGGCUCCGAGCUCCUCCACAGAAACGACGACAUGGGACCAAUCGCCCACGUCGCCGUCGGAUUCGAGGGCGUGCCCUGGAAGUCGCCAGACGCCGUGACGUUCAUGCUGAUGCAGGCGAUCAUCGGCAGCUACAGGAAGCACGACGAGGGCAUCGUCCCGGGCAAGGUCUCGGCGAACACCACCGUGCGCAACGUGUGCAACAAGAUGAUGGUGGGCUGCGCAGACAUGUUUUCCGCCUUCAACACCUGCUACAGCGACACAGGUCUCUUUGGCUUCUACGCACAGUGCGACGAAGUGGCGUUGGAGCACUGCGUCAUGGAACUAAUGUUUGGCAUCACCUCCCUCUCCUACGCCGUCACGGACGAAGAAGUCGAGCGCGCGAAGGCUCAGCUGAAGACUCAGCUCCUUGGUCACCUCGACUCGACGACGGCGGUCGCGGAAGACAUCGGCCGGCAGAUGUUGGCUUAUGGCCGCCGCAUGCCGGUCGCCGAGUUCCUCAAGAGGCUCGAGGUCAUCGACGCCGAGGAAGUCAAGCGCGUCGCGUGGAAGUACCUGCACGACGCUGAAGUCGCUGUUGCUGGACUGGGCCCGCUCUUUGGCAUGCCGCAGUUGAUCCAGGUGCGGCGCUCGACUUUCUGGCUCCGCUACUAG